AUGUAUGACAGACAAAAGCGAAUUUUCACGUUUCAGGAGAAGACGGCAACUGAUGAAAAUUUGGGUCCAGGAUCAUAUUAUAUUCAGGCUUCACUAACACCUGUGUGCGAUGUUGGAUAUGCUCCGUUCGAGUCACUGACGGAAAGAAAAUUAAAUUUCAGCUUUUUAGGUGUUGAGGCAUUCCCUUCACCAGCAGAUUACUUUCCAAAACUACCUUCUGAAAAAGUCAAGGGAUGUAGUUCCAUUGCAAAUAAGGCUAAGCGGUUUCCAUCGUUUUACUCAGAUGGACCAGGACCUGAAACAUAUAAUAUAGCAUCAAAAUGGGCGGGCAGAAAACCGGAUUCGCAUAGCCCUCUGCUUUCGGAAAAGGUUAAAAAUCAGCUAGCCAGUGAACAACAAGACAGGAGAAAACGGUUAAAUUAUUAUGAGGUAAUCCCUGAUGUUCGAUUUCGAGAUGUACCGAGCAUACCUUCUGGUGACUUUGUGCAUGGUUACGAAGAGGGUCUGGAUGGUCGACUCCACCCCCAAUCUGGACCAAAAAGGGAUGUAACACUUGGCCCAGCGUUUUAUGGGCCUACCAAAGACCCUGUUUUUACGCGGUAUAAAGGUUGUGGUUGGUCAAAGAGUACUUCAGGACGUUAUCUACUACACAGAGCUUCAAAUUCAGUUGGUCCAGGGCAAUAUGAUCCUUAUAAUGAUCCUUGGUUAAAACUUAUUGAAACUGCUAGAGAAAGAAGUAACAUUGAGGCUGAACAUCCUUUGGCAGUCCCAAGAUUCAUGGAUAAAGUUGUUCAUGAAUUGCACAAACAAAACUUCCCUAGUCCCUGUUCAUACAACACAAAUGACAAGCAAAUAUCUAAGGCUACUGCGGUGCAAGCGCCUUUUAAUACUGAAGAGCAAAGAUUCAAGGAGAAAGUUAUUGAUACACCAGGACCAAACGCAUAUGACCCAAAAAGUGGUGCGAUUUCAAGAAGGUGGUUAAGGCGUUUUCAACCUAGACCUUUUGAUGCUACGUCUGAAAGGUUCACUACCCAAAGUGACGUAAGACCAGCCCCAAAUAGUUAUAAUAUUGAUGACGGAUUGACAUAUCGCCUAGAUUUUUCACAACUUGGAAAAUGUGUGGGAUUCGGCUCAACAGCUAAACGUAUGAAUGAUAAGUUAGUUUUCGGUGGAAAAUUUAGCGGUGGAUUAAGUGACAUUCCUGGCCCUGGACAGUAUAAUCCACAAAAGUGUGAUGGAAAAUAUACUUCGAAAGCUGUUGGAAUUCCAAAGGCAAAAAGGGAGAUAUCGAUGCCUCAAUCGUCAGUGCCCCCACCCGGCACAUAUGAUUUUGGAAAAUCUUUUGAUGUGACACAAUGCAAACGUAUUCCCGCUGUACCUCGUACUAUAGAAGGUAGGCAAAGAAGAAAUUGCUUCUCAAAUACUGCAGAAAGAUUCGGUAAACAUUCUGCGUUGGGUCCAAAAAACCCUGAUGUGCCAGGUCCAGCAAAAUAUUAUAUAUUGGAAAAUAAACCUCAAAAAGGGAAGUUUGUUUAUCAGUCGGAGAGAUUCAAAGAAACAGAAAAAGAACAACUUCCUGGUCCAGCAGAUUACGAGUUAUUAACUUCGAAGCAGAAAUUCAAAUUUCAACUCAUUGGAAUACCACAAAUAUACCCUUAUUUUGUUACCAACUUUCUACUCAAUGCUCAAUUUAUUUGA